UAUAUAUAUAGAGAGAGCGCCCACUCGCAAAAUUUGAUAAUUAUUAACGAGAACAAAAAAGAGAGGGAAAACAGACUUACAGAAAUGGCGUGCUACAUUGAAGAAGAAGCAUGGAAAUGUUCAAAACACCCUUCGAAGAAACGGCGAACUACUACCGGAGUUUGUUCAAUUUGUCUCCGGGAUCGACUUUCCCAACUUUGCCCUCACUGCGCUAACGUGCGCCCUUGCUCUUCUAAUUGCGCCGCUGCAUCUACGACGUCGUUGUCUUCCUCCUCCGGCAAAAUCGACGGCGGCGAACCGGCGUUCUGUAGGUCAAAAUCUGUUGGAAUUCCGUUUCUAAAAUCGCGAAAUGUUAAUUCCAGCAGCCGGAGGAACCAGCCGGAGAGUGAGAAGAGUAACAAAAUCGUCGACGGCAGCGAGACGGUGUUAUGUAGAUCAAAAUCCGUCGGAAUUCCAUUUCUGAAAUCGCAAAAUGUUAAUUCCAGCAGCCGGAGGAACCAGCCGGAGAGUGAGAAGAGUAACAAAAUCGUCGACGGCAGCGAGACGGUGUUAUGUAGAUCAAAAUCCGUCGGAAUUCCAUUUCUGAAAUCGCAAAAUGUUAAUUCCAGCAGCCGGAGGAACCAGCCGAAGAGUGAGAAGAGUAGCAAAAUCGUUGACGGCGGCGAGACUGCGUUUGGUCGAUCAAAUUCCGUUGGAAUUCCGUUUCUAAAAUCGCGAAAUGUUGAUUCCGGUGACCGGGGAAAGACGACGGAGAGUGAGACGAGUAACAAAAUGGGCGUCGGCAGCGAGACGGAGUUAUGUAGAUCAAAAUCCGUCGGAAUUCCGUUUCUAAAAUCGCGAAAUGUUAAUUCCAGCAGCCGGAGAAAGACGACGGAGUGUGAGAAGAGUGAAAAAACGGCGCCGUUCUGGUGGAUUUUUAAGUUAAGGAAGAGAGGGAAAGCUUUCUACUGCAAUGAUACGAGGAUUAAGGAAUUCGCGAUGACGACGGUGAUGAGAUCGAGAUCGGUGAACGCUGCGAUGAUGACGUCAGUAUCCGGUAGAAAUGAUGUAAAUUACUCGCCGGAAAAUUUGAAAGAAAGAUAUUCGGUAAGUCCGAUGAAGGUUUUCCGGCAGUCGUCUGGAGCUCCGAAACUGGUUAAUUAAGACAACCGUCGCUAGAGGUUGAGUUCACCCGUUCAAAUUUAGUCGAAUUACUAUUCAAAAUUUGAUCGACAAAGUUAUUCCAUAUGUAUAUGUAUAUUAGCGGACGAUUCACAAGCUAAUUUAGAUAUCACAAUUAUUAAAACAAAGAAAUUAUAGAAAGGAGGUUGAGUUCACUCAUUCAAAAUUUUUACAAAGAGAAGGUGAAGAGGGUUAAGCUUUUCCUAACAAAGAUACUUCGUACUCAAUUAAAAUUUGUGAUUUUUGAU